AUGCACUGUCCACUGAGUUUCAUAAGUGCCAUUGUUCCUACCUUGGAAGAACUUGAAAUCUCUCCAGCGAAAAGCCAAAAGAGAGGUCCGAGUCCCAAUGCGCCAAAAUCGCCGGGAAAACGACAGGAAAAUCGUCAAGGCUGGCCAAUUGACGCCCCGAAAUUGCCUGCAGUACCAAAAUUAAGACCUUUCCUUCGACCAGGUGCCAAAGGUUCGGCCCCUUAUCAAGAAGAUCUUCAACGCUCGCCAAUUAGCACUCCGAUAUUGCCUGCAGUACCAAAGUCAAGGCCUAUCCUUCGAAAGGGUGCCAAAGUCCCUGUCCUAUAUCAAGAAGAAAAUGUUGACUGGGAAGGGGAUGUACCUAUGGUUAAUGUCGGCCAGAAACAAACCAACUCAGCAUCCCAUUAUCAAGCGGAACCUCGUAGUCCCAAAAGGACUCAGAACUCGGUACGUGGGAAAAACGCAUCUCAAAGCUCGGCAGACCGAGAGUCAUUCUUUGCAGAAUACUACAAAUUAAUUGGAGGAUUGCGAGGCCCAUUAAAUCGUCUGCUCUACGACAAGGCAAGCUCUGCCAAAACAAAAGCCAAGACAGAAGUGAUCAAUCUUGGUCAAAAGCUCGUUGACGAAUGCAAAAGAAAGAAAUGGCCAACACAAGGUAUUCUUCUCGCGAGAGAUCUAGGUGAACUAGUCAUCGGAGCAAAAGCUCUGAGAAGCGCAAGAGAAAAAUGUUUGGACCACCCUGGAAGUCCGGGUCUUUUUCGAUACGUUGAAAAACUUCAAAAUGAGAUCAAAAAUACGUACGCUCCACCACUCGCCAACGCUAUCAUAGGAGAUGUCUCUACUUUCAUUGCAGAACGAAUAGCUCGACAGUCCUCUUCAAACAAAAUUCCUUCCGACAAUGACGACGAGUUUAUCAAUAGGUGGGCAGCGCCAAAGGGGUAUGUUUUGGAAGACGAUAUACAAAAAAAGGUCGUAGGCCAAAAACCUUCUGGACGAGGCUCCCAACUAUUACUUAAAUACAAAAAGCCCGAAUUACAACCACCAAUAUAUGAGUUGAUUGCUGCAAGUACUUUCAAAAAAACGAAUAUCACAACUGUCCCGCAAAUGGACAUCCGGGGAAGGAAUGGCUUGACAAAUUAUUAUUGGGGUCAGUGUAGUAUUGGCGGCGUAGCUCAAGUACGUACUACAAAUGUGGUCACCCGUGAUCCAGCAACCUAUAUCCUUGUACGUUGUGGUGAAGACACAUGUUGGUACACUCGAUCGAAUUUAAUUGCUGAAUUCGGCAAACAAAUCAUCAAGGCCGAAGAGAAAUUUCUCAGCUUAGCAGGUCAAAAGCGCAAAAAGGCUUCUUACAAAACAGUACCCAAAGAAACGUCUCAAGUUACGUAUAGGAAAUGGUAUCAAGAUCAAGUCAAAGCAGGGUCAAAAACAAAUGUUGACAGCGAACAUGAGGACGAAGAUGAAGAUGAAGACGAGGACGAAUACGAGAAGGAAGAUGAGGAUGAGGAUGAGGAGGAAGACGAAGAGGAAGAUGAAGAUGAAGAUGAGGAAAGUGCUGCAGAAUCCGAUAACGAAUUCAUCAAUGAUUCACAUAUCUCUGAUGAGAAUAUUGGGGUCUCAAAAGAAGAGAUCGGCGGAGCAGGAAACAGGAAACGGGAAGCGGGAAACGGGAAACGGGGAACUGAGACCCGUUUUAGAAUAUCAAAUACAUAUAUAAAUCGAGAUGGUGGAAACUUGUGGGAAGUGCAAGAAGUAUCUAGGAUAAACGCAUUAUCACAACAGAAAGUUUUGAAAGAAUUAGGAGAUGUGAUGAUGGGCGGCCAGUAUCCAUGGGAAUCACUCGCGAAUAGCCUCCGAUUUCGUUAUCAAGCCGGUCUGCUAAAACUAGAGGAGUUUGAGCCUGGCAAUCUUCUCUACGAAUGGAAUGUUCUAUGCGACGAAAAGCUCCACUGGGCGCGUCAUCGCAGGCCAUCCUUUGACGAUGGAUAG